CCAGUUUUGUAAUCGGCUGAAGAGAGAACGAAACUGCGGGGUGGACUUUGACUCUCUUUAGGUUCUACGCAUGCGCAUUAAAUGGAUAGAAGGUGAGCUGAAUGUUGGCUUGCGGGAGACGUUUCAGGCUCGGUGUUUUGGCUCCCGUCGGCCUUCGUAGUUCAAGCCAAGCUGGAAACUCUUCUCAUGCCAUGGAUCUGGGGCCCCUUCGGAAGAAUUACAGGGGAGACGAGGAGGCCUUUGAAGAAAAACAUCUCAUCUCCCUUAAUCCCAUAAAACAGUUCUCCGCAUGGUUUGAGGAAGCAAUGAAAUGCCCAUCCAUUGGGGAAGUUAAUGCCAUGUGCCUGGCCACAUGUACCAGGGAUGGCAGACCUUCGGCUCGAAUGUUGCUUUUGAAGGGCUUUAGUCAGGAAGGCUUCCGCUUCUUCACCAACCAUGAGAGCAGGAAAGGAAAGGAACUGGACUCAAAUCCAUUUGCCUCAAUGGUCUUCUACUGGGAGCCUCUCAAUCGCCAGGUGCGGAUUGAAGGCUCGGUGAAGAGGCUUCCUGAGCAGGAAUCGGAGAAGUAUUUCCAGUCGCGUCCAAAGAGCAGCCAAAUUGGGGCUGUAGUGAGUCUGCAAAGCACAGUGAUCCCAGAUAGAGAGUUUUUAAGGAAAAAGAAUGCAGAGCUAGAAGAAGCAUAUCGAGAAGCCAAGGUGCCUAAGCCAGCCUAUUGGGGUGGAUACAUCCUAAAGCCAGAAGUCAUUGAGUUCUGGCAGGGCCAGACAAACCGUCUGCAUGAUCGUCUUGUCUUCCGGUACUGCCAGGAUCCUAGUGUGCCAUUGGAGCCCAUGACCCACAAGGCGGAGGGCAACUGGGUGUACGAGAGACUCUCCCCUUGAAAAGCCUGUAGAGUUAAUUGUUGUUGUGCCAUUCUUGCAGUAUGUGUGCCAAAAUCUGUGUUUCUUGCUUCCUCCCCUAGACAGAACAGGUUGCAGGUCAGUGGAUAAACACUGGAUCUCCCCAGAGGAAGUUUGGGAUCAAGUCACUGCACAAACACCUUGAAUCAGCCUGGUCUGUUUCACAGGAUGGUUGUGAAGAUAAAUGGGGCUAUCCCUAUUUGAACCUGAUCUCAUUAGAGAUAGGUCAGGUUACAAAGGUAAUGACGUUUUAGGAAUUUAUAGUGAAAUACAAUGUUAUGGCACAACAGGUAAAACCACUGCGCAGCUGAACUUGCUGACCGAAAGGUUGGCAGUUUGAAUCCAUGGAGCGGGCGAGCUCCCUCUAUUAGCCCCAGCCCCAGUUUGAGAACAUGCAAAUUUGAGUAGAUCAAUAGGUACUGUUUCUGUGGGAAUGUAAUGGUGCUCCAUGCAGUCAUGCCGGCCACAUGUCUAUGGACCAUGCUGGCUCUUCGACUUAGAAGUGAAGAUGAGCACCAACCCCCAGAGUUGGGCAUGACUAGACUUCAUGUCAGGGGAAACCUUUGCCUUUACUUUACAGUUUUAUGAGUAGAGUCAAGAAUUCUGUAUCUCCUGGGGUUUGGAGGGCAUGCCUAUGAGAGAUCCUAACAGAUUGGAUUCAUUUUGUAAUGCCUGGUUUAACCGGUCCGGUUCUGCAUUGACAUUGACAGAUAGGUUUCAGUUUUGUAUCCCUAAACUUGCAGGCAAGAGACUUUUUUUAUUCAAACACGCUUUUGGCAAUUGACUGUCUGCUGAAGAGAGGGGCUUUAACAGGAGGUGCUGUGUCUUUUUAUCACUGUGAUUUUAUGCUGCUUUUAAUUGUGUUCUGCUAUAAUUUGUUUACAUUUUGGAGAUGCUGAGGCUCACAAAAGCAUCCUUUGGUGGUUUGCAUGUCACCCCAAAGAUGUGUUUUGCCCAUCACUGCUUUCGGAACUGCUUUCUUGAGACCAUCAAUUCUGAACAUAGUAUUAGGAUCUUAGAACAUUUACAAAAAAGAGGAUGUUUGAACAGCUCUAGAUUCCCCUAACCAGGAGCCAGUGACAUCCAGAUGGGCCCUACUGGUCUGAGGGUAGUAGGAGUUUGUAAUGUUUGUAAGUUGUAAUCCUACAUGUCUGAAAGACAGAGCUAGAAGGUGUGAGAGGGACAUAUGAAAUUUCUGCUUGGCUUUUGCUUCUGACUUCUCAGAACAUUGCUGCUACAUUUAUUCUCUCAAACUUUAAAAGCUAAGGACUUGAUUUCAUAGGAUGAAGAGCAUAGAAAAUUAUGUUCUCAGAAUAUUGAAAUCUUAUCAGGGCAGCCCAUUCUGUGCUUGUGCACAGGGGCUAUAUUUGUUGUAGGCUAUAUUUCAGUGAAAGGAACUGACUAAACCUCCUCUGAGUGUUCCUAUUCCUUUUCUAAGAAAACUUUAUGAAAACGCAGAAGCAGAAUUCAAAAUGAUUUUAACAGAUUAGAGAGAUGGGCCAAAACUCACAAAAUUACGUUAAACAGAGACAAAUGCAAGAUACUCUACUUAGGCAGAAAAAAAAAUGAAAUGCAAAGAUGCAGAAUGGGAAAUGCUUGACUCAAUAACAGUAUGUGUGAAAAAGAUCUUAGAGUCCUCAUGGACAACAAGUUAAACAUGAGCCAACAAUGUCAUGCGGCAGCUAAAAAAGCCAAUGGGAUUUUGGCCUGCAUAAACAGGAGUAUACUGUCUAGAUCCAGGAAGUCAUGCUGCCCCUCUAUUCUACCUUGGUCAGACCAUACCUGGAAUACUCUGUCCAAUUCUUGGCGCUGCAAUUGAAGGGAGAUGUUGAUCAGCUGGAAUGUGUCCAGAAAAGGGCAACUAAAAUGAUCAAGAGUCUGGAGACAAGCCCUAUGAGGAGCAGCUUAAAGAGCUAGGCCUGUUUAGCCUGCAGGAGAGAAGGCUGAGAGGAAACAUGAUAGCCAUAUAUAAAUAUGUGAGGGGUAGUCAUAGGAAGGAGGGAGCAGACUUGUUUUCUGCUGCCCUGGAGACUAGGAUGCAGAACAAUGGCUUCAAACUACAGGAAAGGAGAUUCCACCUGAACACUAGGAAGAACUUAUGGUCUGAGGGUGAUAGGAGUUUGUAAUGUUUGUAUGUGAGAGCUGUUCAUCAGUGGAACUUUUUGUCCCGGAGUGUGGUGGAGACUCCUUCUUUGGAGGCUUUUAAACAGAGGCUGAAUGGCCAUCUGUUGGGGGUGCUUUGAAUGCGAUUUUCCUGCUUCUUGGCAGGGGGUUAGACUGGAUGGCCCAUGAGGUCUCUUCCAACUCUAUGAUUCUAGUUGUCAUAAGUUGAGAAGUAUCUUGAAGUCACAAAAAGCACACAAAAAAGAAUCAGUUUUCACUCAGUCCCCAUGUAUUUGCAGCAGGAGUGGGCAAAGUGCAAUCCUUAGGCCCUUUUUAGGGGUCCCAAGCCUCUUCGGUCAGGUUUUUAAAUUAUUUGUCUCCUAGAUAGUGGCACUUUUGUCAGUUUCUUUAGCCUCCUGGCCAUUUAAAACAUAGGAAAGGAUUUUAAAAAACAAAUAAUUUCUCUUGGGUGUAAAAUUUUCUCAAAUCUGACCAAAACGUCUUGCUCUCUAUGGGGUGUCAGGAGAUUUGGAAGACACAUUUUGAGUGGUCUUGAGUUCUCUAGAGGAUGAGUUAAUACUGACCCUUAGCUUCCCAUCGUUGUCCCCUCUCAAUGUGCAGCCCCACGCUCUAUAUCUGGCGCUCAAGUGGCCUAGUCACCAGGAUUCAAAAUAUUGGGAGUCUGUCAAUAUUUUAAAUCCACCGAAAGAAAUUCAGGAUCCAGUCUAUUGCAUCUACCAAAACCAGUAUUGACUAGAGAAACCCUGCCUUCUGCCUCUGAGGUGCCUAACCAAGCGUGUCAACCAUUCAUUAUGUUUAUGUUGAGGUAGUUUUCAAAAACUUGUAACUGGUUUAUCCAUUGCCAUAAAUGGAAGUGCAAUAAAAGAUCAGCUGAUCCUAAGAGAUGAGAUGCUUACUUGGUAAUGUGUGCUAUGUAAUGUUUCAUAUAAAAUAUGUUUGGUGUAUGCUGUCCCAGUAAUUCAUGUCCUUGCUCUAUCUGGUCCAUCUGGCACCCACUUGCUGCUGUGUACUAAGUUGGAGUCUGUGCUUAUGUACAUUGGGCAAUAAAAGUUAGCUUGCAGUCGAA